UAUUUAUGCUCAUUUUAAUAAACGUUAAAGCGAAAUAAAGCGAUAAACAUUAGUGAUAUAAAGAUGUAUCAGGUUACGGUCGUUCUUAUAGCUUUCACUUUGCUCAUAUUAUAUUAUUUAUCAACGAGAAAAUUCAACUACUGGAAAAUAAGAGGUAUCCCUUACGAGAGACCUCUGCCACUGUUCGGCAACUACCUGCAGUACAUCUGUCUGCGGCGGCCCGCCUUCCUCGUAGCGCAGCGGUUGUGCGAGCGCUUCCCCGACGCGCCACUAGUGGGCACCUUUUAUGGCACCCAGCCCGCGCUUCUGCUGCAGGACCCCGAACUCGUCAGAGUCGUCACCACCAAGGACUUCUACUACUUCAACAGCAGGGAGGUCGCCGACUACACUCCCCGGGAGGCGGUCACGCAAAGCCUUUUCUUCACCUACGGCGACAGAUGGAAAGUGAUUCGAAAUAAUUUAACUCCUCUUUUCACUUCUGCCAAAAUGAAGAACAUGUUUUAUUUGAUCGAGAAAUGCACGCAUCAAUUGGAGGCUCUGAUAGAGGCGGAGACAUCGGGGUCGGGCGGCGCCGAGCUGGACAUGCGGCAGCUGAUGGCGCGCUUCACCAUGGACUGCAUCGGGUCCUGCGCAUUCGGCAUAGAGACUAACACUUUGGUCAAGAGCGAUGAACCCAAUCCCUACCGGGUGAUGGGCGAUAAGAUUUUAGAGAAUUCAUUCGACCGGGGCUUCCGGCUGGUCUGCCGCGCGAUGUGGCCCGCCGCGUUUUACGGGCUGCGCUUUCGCGUCUUCCCCGAAGAAAUAAUACAUUUCUUCAAGACGAUGCUUUUGAAAGUGUUCGAGGUUCGCGGCUACAGGCCCACGAACAGAAAUGACUUUGUCGAUCUCCUGCUCGACUUGAAACAAAAUAACUAUCUGGUCGGCGAGAGCAUCACCACUUACAAGAACGGGGAAGGGCGGCAGGUGCGGCUCGAGUUCGACGAUGAGACGAUGAGCGCGCAAUGCGUUGUGUUCUUUGCGGCGGGGUACGAGACCUCGGCGACGACGCUGGCCUAUACGCUGCACAUGCUGGCCCGGCACCCCGCCGCGCAGGACAGAGUCAUCGCGGAGGUGGAGGAGUUCCUGCGGCGGCACGGCGGCCGCAUCCCCUACGAUUGCGUGUACGAGCUGCCGUACACGAUGGCGUGCGUGCAGGAGACGCUGCGCUUGUUCCCCGUGCUGGGCGUCGUGACGCGAGAGCUGGUGGAAGACCACGUGCUGCCUGGCGGUCUGCACCUAAACCGCGGCCUACGCGUGCACAUCCCUGUCUAUCAUUUUCAUCACAAUCCUAAAUAUUUCCCGAAUCCCGAAGAGUUCGACCCGGAGCGGUUCCUCGGCGAACGAAAGAAAACGAUAAAGCCCUACACCUACAUGCCCUUCGGUGAGGGACCAAGAUUAUGUAUAGGGAUGAGAUUCGCAUGGAUGCAGAUGCUGGCGGGGCUGGCGGCGGUAUUUCGGCGGCACAGCGUGGCGACAGCGCACGAUAGUCGCGACGUCAAGCACUUCCACUACGACCCAACUUCCAUCGUCACCAUACCCACGCAUUCCAUCAACCUCAAGUUAGUGCGCCGCGACGACCAAGCAUCACCAGGACCUCAUCCUAACGCCCCUCGCUAAUGAACAUCACACCGAGGACAGGCAACUUUUUAGAUUUAAAUUGACUAUUUGACAGUGUGAACGGGUACCAUAUUUUCUUGAUUCCUUUCGUAAAUAUCACUAAAAGAAGAACAAUAACACAAGAUUGUUUGUAUUCAAGACGCCAGAGAAGGUUUGGACAUAUACAAUCUAUCUAAACAA